CUCCUUAAAAAUCUUUUUAACCAUUAAAUGCUAGUUUCAGUCUUAGUUUAUCUCUAUUAGUCAAUAGGCAUAGUAUUAAACUUCAAAAAAAUAAUUGUUGUUAUAAUAAAAGCUAAAUAAAAAGCUACAAUAACAACAAACAAAAAUGGGUCUAUCAUUGUUGGCUAUGGUGUUGGUCUUAAGUUUGGUUGGACACGGUUUCGGGGCACCCAUGCAACCAAUGGGUCAAAUGCAAAUGCAAUUUCAAUCGGGAUUUGGUGGCCAACAACAACAACAGCAGCAACAAAGUGGCGGUUUCGGUGGUUUUCAGAAACAGAUGCAACAGCAAGUGAUCAAAGGUUUCGGCGAUAAUGAUGGCCAACAAAUGCAACAACAACAGCAACAGAUUGGCGGUAGUCAUCCACAUAAACAUCACCACCAUGAGACACAAUCAACACAACAACCAACACAACAAUCAACACAACAAACAACACCACAACCACAAUCCCAACCACAAUCCCAACCACAACCACAACCACAACCACAACCACAACCACAACCACAACCACAACCACAACCUGAAGUACAACCUCAAGCUCAACCUCAACCUCAACCCCAAGCCCAACCUCUACCCCAACCUGAGCUACAACCUCAAGCCCAACAACCUCAAGCCCAACAACCCCAACACCAACAACCUCAACAACCCCAAGCCCAACAACCCCAACCUCAACAACCCCAAGGCCAACAACCCCAACAACCCCAACCUCAACAACCCCAACCCCAACCUCAACAACCCCAACCUCAACAACCCCAACCCCAACCUCAACAACCCCAACCUCAACAACCCCAACCUCAACAACCCCAACCUCAACAACCCCAACCUCAACAACCCCAACCUCAACAACCCCAACCUCAACAACCCCAACCUCAACAACCUCAACCUCAACAACCCCAACCUCAACAACCCCAAGCCCAACAACCCCAACCCCAACCCCAACCCCAACCCCAACCCCAACCCCAACCCCAACCUCAACAACCCCAACCCCAAUCCCAACAGACAACAGCUCAACCAAAUGGCUCAACACAAGGACCUAAUGCUGUCACCGUUCAAACAGAAGGUUUAGGCGAUGUUUUAGGUCGUUAACAACAAUAACAAGUUGUUAUAAUAGGAUAGCAAUAAUAAAAUAUUUAUUUUUAAAAAAAAUAUUGUUUUCCCACAAAUAAUAUUAUUUCUACUAAUUUAAUGUAUAAUAAAAAAAAUUAAUUAAAUUAUUAUGUAUUUAUUGAU